CUCGAGCGAGCGAUGCCUUCCACGAUCUUGGCAUCUUGCUCAAGAUGAUGGAUGAAUGGAAAGGCGCUCCCAACGAAGCGUACGUGGCGGCUUGUCCUGAUAACAAGCCAUGGUCGGACGAUGGGCUCUUCUUGGAAGCAGCCGCUAUCGGUGCUUCGAAUAAUGAGCCGUGGACGACCAAGCUGCAUCCUAUCACUGAGGUGUUCCGGACUGAGGCUGCUGGAAUUCCAAGACCAUUGCAAGAAGUCGAUUAGCCUGCCGUGUCAGACUGGCAUACUGGUUUGGAAAGCCAUAGCCGAGGUAGCAGCGUUUCCUAUGGUGACGCUGAAGGGAUUUUGUCCGUCAGAAUGAUUGCCAGUUGCUUACGCAUUCAAUAGGUCCAAGGAGGGUUUGGAGGCUUGAGAGAAGUUGGCUUCUUAGCCGCUAGGUAGCGUUGAGUUCAGGCGCGUGCUUACAUGACGGCGCCACCGCGAUCGCAUAGUGACCAAGUCCGGCUUCUACGAGAGUCAGCGUGAAGGUCGAAGGCCAGAAAGAACAUAUCAAGAGCAGACCGAUAGCAGAGGUGAUAGUGCGUCGAAAAUGGCUAGAUAUCAUGGAUAGCGCCAGACGGACCUAGAAGGCUUGACAGCCACUAGCAGACGUACUGUAGCAAGAUGAAGGCAGCGAUCGCUGCCAACCCCAAUUUAAUAGAAAGCAUACU